AUGUCACAAUUUCGGAAGCGUAAAUUGGACGACGAAAUAAAGAAACAAAAAUCAAUAAAAGUAGAAGCUAACAGCGAUGCGUCUAUGUACAAAUCUCCUUCGAUGACACAAGGUUUUGAAAUUAAUGAUUCUAACCUAUCUGCAGCUUCUGUUGAUAAAGGAGACGUUUUUAAUAAUGACGAGCAUAAACAAAGAAAACAGGCAGAUGUGGAACUUAUUAAAGAUAUAAUACCUAAUGAUAAUAAAAACAAACGGGUUUUCGGUUAUAAUUCAGAAAGGCAAUUUGCUCCAGCUCCAGGAAUCCCGGGACAACAUGUAGAACCUCAUCGUCUUAGAGAGUUGAGGUCAAGAGUCAGAGAGUUAGUUGGAGUAUCGAAUUUCCCUGGAGCGCAACCAAUUAGUUUUAGUUCCGAGCAUAUACAGGAAUUGCAAAAUGAAGAUUAUUAUGUUUGUGAGAAAACAGACGGAACACGUGUAUUAGCUUAUAUUACAUGUGAUAGUCCUGGGAAACCAGCUGUUUUUUUGAUAUUACAGAUCGAUCGCAAGAAUUAUUAUCGAUUAAUUCCAAAUUUAUUGUUUCCUAUUCCUGAAGACCCAACAUUUUCAAAUUUUCAUAAUGAAACAAUAAUAGAUUGUGAAUUAGUAAAUGAUACUGAAAAUGAUGGAAAUGUAAAUAUACUUUUGGUUUUCGAUUUGUUAGUAAUGGAUAAAAAGAACUUCAUGAAUAAGCCUCUUAACAAAAGAUUGGGCUAUCUUCGUGAUUAUAUUAUGACCCCCUAUGAAAAAAUGUUGCGUAAACGUUCGGACCUUGCGCAAUUGCAACCAUUUUAUGUAAUAAAGAAAGAAAUGGAAUUUUCUUAUGGACUAGAAAAAGUUUUAAAACAAAUUAUACCAUCUUUAAAGCACAAAAGCGAUGGAUUAAUUUUUACAUCAUUAACAUCAGGUUAUUCGACAGGAACUUUCGAGAAAAUGUUAAAAUGGAAACCACCAAAUGAAAAUUCCAUUGACUUUAAAUUACAUUUCGAAUUUCCAAGCCAUAAUGAGAAUGCUAAACCGAGAUUUUGUCUUUAUAAAUGGAUACAAAAGGAUGAUCAUAGAUAUUUUGAUGAUAUGUAUGUUACCGAUGAAGAGUGGGAGCAGUUUUGGAAACAUGAUUUUCAACAAUACGAAGGACGUAUUGUUGAAGUGGUUUAUAAUCCUUCAAUGAAUCCACCAUGGAGGUUUAUAAGGUUUCGCGAUGAUAAACCACACGCAAAUCAUCAUACAUUACUAUCAAAUACAUCCAAAAUUCGAGAUGCAUGGAAGAAAAGAGAGGCCCUAAAAAACCAACAAUCGCGUCAUCACAUAAACGAAUCAAGGGAUAGAAGAUGA